GUGUAUUGCAUGUGCACCUCACCAAGUGUUGGACUUUUCUUCUGAUCAGCAAAUCUUAGGAACACAUAUAGAAGAACUGGAGUUAAGAGUUCUAGAUUGAGCCUUGUCUAAACAAAUAGUUAUUAGAAGAAUUGAAACUACUUGAUCUACGGAUUCCAUCUUGGACAGAAAAUGAACCAAAAUUGACCACUAAAUGUCUAAACUGGACUUGAGCUACGGGUUUAUCUUCAUAUAUAGCAUAUAACAGUAAACAAGACUAAUAUGCCUAAAUUGACCACUAAAUACUUAAUCUUGGCGUUAAAUCCGGUUUUCUGGUAAAAAUUAGCGGUUUAUCGGUAAAAAAAGAGUUUUACACGCGGUUUUCGGUUUUUAUGUUUUUUUUUAAUUUUUUUAAUUUAGAACGAAUUUUGAAAAAAACAGUGGUUAACCGAAAUCGCACCUCAGUGGUUUCGAUAAACCGACCGGUUUACUGCACCGGUUUUGUAAACCAUGGUUCCACCAUGCUUUUGUCCCAUUCUCCCUCCACUUCCUUUUUGUUUGUCCUUUUUCGUUUGUUGCCUUGUUGGUUUCGUUUCGUUCGUCUUCCCCCCCGUGCUGCGUGCGCUGCUCGCCUUCCCGUGCUAUUGCGUCUGCCUAUAAAGCGGCCGGACGGCCAUAAACCUCAGCCGGCCGGCCUCCUCGCUCUCGGACCGGAGCUCGGCCUCUGCUCUCCUCCCUCCGAUCUGCUCUACUCGAUCUGUUGGUGUUGGCCGUGCGCCGGUGCCCGUACCAUCGUCAGUGGCAGUGCACCUUCCUCCGACUCCAGCUCAAACUCUCUUCAACGGUAGACGCUAGCGCCCCCCUCCCCUGUCUGUGACGGCUACAGGCCUCCUCCUCCCGCUACAACGGUGCCCCCUAGCGCUGCUACAGUGCUAGCGGCUGCUGGGUGCAGACGCUACAUCAAGGGGUACCACAAGGGCUCCUCUUGCCUCGAUUUAUGUGUACAAAAAUAUUUAUUAGUUGUGAAAAAAUUGAUAAUAGAUGAUGAAUAUGUAUGGAAAAUAGUAUUUUAUGAUUAUAGUGGGGUAUAGGGAAAGGAUUUAGGGAGAACCGCUGUACAGGAUGGAGAUAUAGGGGGAAGAGAACGCUGACGUGACACGUGUGUGGGAUAUAGGGGGAAAAAUUUAGGGGUAACCAACCGCUGAAGACAGUCUCAUCAGUGGCCCUGCGCCGCCAGCCCCACUCCUCGCCACUCGCAGUCGCAGUAGAGUGGGCGCUGGACUGUAGCCAGCCGAGCCCGCUGCCGCAAAAAACACAGACACCAACCAACCGCCUCUCUCUCUCUCUCUCUCUGUCUCUCCCGCUGCUGAGAUCUCAUCUGACUGCCCAGAGGGAGAUUGAGACUGCGGAAUUGAAGCAGCUACCCAACAUGUACGCCGACGCCCUCGCCUCCUCGCAGCCCCCGCCGCCACCCUUCCUCUCCAUGGGCGUCAUGGACCACGAAGCCUACGCCGCCGUGGUGAGCAACUACUACUCCACCUCUGCCCUGCUGCCUCUUUCUUGAUUGUUGCAGUUUCAUAUGCCUCCGAACCACCCAAAACUGCUUGCUGCUGUUUCUUGGUUGCUCGAGCUAGCUAGGGUUCCAUUUCUCUGUUUGGUGGAACGAAUGAAUUCCCAAAUACGUAAGAGCAAAUUUCUCCUCUUCUGUGGAUGGAUGGACCAACAACAAUCGAAAAGGAAGGAGUGUCGCUUUCCUUUCGUUUUCGGCCGACACUCCACCCUCAUCAUAUAUAUAAUAAUUAUAUAAGAAACAUCCCUUCGUUAGUUGGAUUCUCUCUUCAAUCAAUGGCUUUAUUUGCAAUAGCAAGUAUCCGUCAGCCGAUACUUGCUUGUCUUAUUAAUUACCGGAUGGCUUUAUUUGCAAUAGCAAGUAUCCGUCAGCUGAUACUUGCUUGUCGUAUUAAUUACCGGACAUUGGUACAGCCAUCCAUGGUAUCAGAAUAUGACCUCGGAGGAGAAGGGGACCUGUUCAAAGCUCCACAAGUCAUCAUCCAAGAAGAAGCGCUGCUCAGCCUUGAUCCUGUCGCAGCUGCCUGCUCAAUGAUGAAUCAAACUAUUAAGGAUGCAGGCAUCCAGAACGACGCUCUCCUGAGUGAAGUGUUGUAUGAGUGCGAGAAGGAACUCAUGGAAAAGUCUGCAAUCGAAGAGACAAUUUCUGAACUUAUGGAUGUUAAGAUCCCUAUGCUGCAAGCUGAACAACUCCCGGCCAUGGAGAAUGAGAAGCGUUCCAUUCCUGAAUGCUCGCUCCAGAAAAGUGUUAGUUCUGGAUGCCUCAACUCGGCAGAUUGGAUGAAUGGAGCUGUCAGGCCAAACUUUCUAGACUUCCAAGGGCUGGACUUUGAGGCAGCGUUUGGGCUGAGGAGAGCUUACAGUGAAGGAGACAUUCAGAACCUUGGAGCCAACACGCCUCGACCAGCAGCAAAUGUUUGUGUGACCAUCAGUGACCUCAAGACCGAAGAAAGGAAGCAAAAGCUUUCCAGGUAUAGAAAAAAGAAGAUCAAGCGGAACUUUGGCAGGAAGAUUAAGUAUGCUUGUAGGAAGGCUCUGGCAGACAGCCAGCCAAGGGUGAGAGGGAGAUUUGCCAAGAUCGAAGAAUGCGACCUGCUGCUGCUGAAUUCAAGCACUUAGAUGGAGGUUCAGUCGAUCAUUCAGCUGUUCAAAAUCCACCUCCUCUACCCAGCCGUUUUGGUGCGAGCCGAGGGAGUUAAGAGCUGAAAGUGGUGGUAGUCUAGUUGGUUAGCUAGCCCCUGUACAAAGGCUUGAAUGAAGAUGGCAAUAAAACUCAGCUCUCCCCUCUGCUUGCUUGGCACUGCACUCCUUGUGCCUUACUGAAAACAAGAGCAAAAACAGACUCAUGAAGAUUAACAAA